UUUGUCUUUUGUCCACUGAAGUGCACCUUUUUGGCUAGCUUCUGCUCUGCCCGGUGCAAGGAUCCAUAGGUCCAGUAUUUAUAUCGCAGCGUUUUCUGCAUGGGGCUCACAAUCAAACUUGCUGUGGCGCAGAUCGAGUGCAACUGCAACGGUCAGCAACGAGGCGUGUGAAGCCUCAUAGAUCUGAGUUUUACGAAUGAUAUCUUUUACAUAUUUUAGUUCGCUUAAAGACUCAUUUAUUUACAUUAAGAAAAUAAAAUAAACUUAUAGCCGAGGUUCAAGGACCUACCUCAAGGUACAGCCCAGUAGAUAUAUAAUCAGUGUAGAGUGUUCAACACAAUUCGUCAUCAUGAGCUCUUUAUCAGUUAUGAGUCUCAUAACAAAAUUAGCUGCCAUUAUUGCUGGGAUAUUCACGCAGCCAACAGUUUAUCCUACGAGUGUUAUGCCUCAGGAUACAAUCGUCGACUUCAUCGUAGUGGGCGCAGGCUCAGCGGGCAGUGUGGUGGCUGGUCGACUCUCCGAGGUGCCGGAAUGGGAGGUGCUGGUGUUGGAGGCCGGAGGACAACCGCCCACGUUCACAAAAAUUCCGUUCCUACAUUUUGCUUCUGCUUUUCCAAACGUAUCUUUCGUCAACAAGUAUCCGACAAUUGCUCCAAAAUACUCUAGUCAAUUUGGCGUGUUAACUGAUCCAAGGUACACCACGGGAAAAAUGGUCGGAGGAUCAGGCGCCAUCAACCAGAUGGUCCACAACCGAGGCAACCCCCAAGAUUACGACAAUUGGGCCCAGUUAGGAAACCCAGGCUGGGACUGGGAAACAGUUUUGAAAUAUUUCAAGAAAUCUGAAGAUUACCGAAGUCCUAUGAAGCCUAGAGAUGCUCCAUUCCGUGGGAUCGGCGGUCCUAUGAGCGUGCAGAAACUUGGCUGGAUGCCGCCGGUUGGUAGACUUGCUAUACAGGCUGGCAUGGAGGUGGGCUUACCGGAAAUCGACUACAACACAGAUACAAAAAUCGGUAGCACUAUUUUACAGCUAGCAACUCGUAAUGGCGAGCGAGAGUCUUCGGCAGAUGCAUUUUUAAUGCCAAACAUGCAACGCAAAAACCUGAAACUACAAAUCAACUCUCAAGUAAUCAAGAUCAUACUGAAUAAAAACAACGAUGCAAUAGGAGUCAAAUAUGUUCAUAAAAAUAAGGUGAAGCGAGUGUUCGCUAGGCGAGAGGUGAUAAUAUCAGCAGGGGGCGCUGACACUCCCAAGCUGCUGAUGCUGUCGGGGAUCGGACCGCGGGAGCAACUACGUAAACUUGGGAUUGAUACUCGCGUGGACUUGCCAGGUGUAGGGCAGAAUUACCAAGACCAUGUAAGUCUCCGAGGAAUAGGUUGGACCAUCCACCCAAAUAUAUCGUCUUCACUCUUAGAACAGAUCAGCCCGUCGGCGAUGCUGCGCUAUCAGAGGAGUAGGGACGGUCCCUUGAGUGUUCCUGUUGGCAUGUGCGCAUCGUAUUUGCUGAAUGUCCACAAUCCAGAUGAGCCAACCGUUCCGGACAUUCAGGUGUUCCUCUUUUGUGCGCUUGACGGACAAGACUAUGGUCUUUUCUCCUUGAGCGGCUACCAAGAAUCGGUCCAAGAAUAUUAUCGACCGACGCUGGGUAGAGAUGGAUUCUUCAUGCUUCCGAUGCUGUCCAGACCGAAGAGCGUCGGGACGGUGACCCUCAAGUCUAGGAACCCCUUCGACCCGCCCGUCCUGGACCACAAUUCACUCAGUCACCCCGACGACGUCGAGCUGAUGGUCAAAGCUGCCAAGGCUUCACUGAAGUUAGGGAAUGCCAAGAUCUUCCGUAGGGCGCUCGGAGCUGAACCUCUCAAAAAACCAAUUCCUGGCUGCGCGCAUCUUGAGUUCCAGUCCGACGACUACUGGAGAUGUUUCGUGCGCGGCAUGGCUAAUGUGAUGGCGCACAUCAGCGGCACCUGCAAGAUGGCUCCAGACUCCGACCCCAUGGGGGUGGUGACGCCGCGGCUCAUCGUGCGAGGUGUCAGGAAUUUACGCAUCAUGGACGCGUCAAUUAUGCCCCAAAUAGUUUCCGGCAACACGAACGCCCCGGUGAUCAUGAUUGGAGAAAGAGGGGCGGAUCUAAUCAAAGAAGAUUAUGGGAAAAUUAAACUGUGAAAAUAUAGAAAGCAAUACAUACAAACUUCCACGUUCGGAAGAUUAACUAACUAAUGGACCGAUGAGUUCAAUUCUGCGAAUUUUUUAAACUGAAUUUACAAUGAAAUAGGUCAAAUAUUUUCAUAAUACGUUCAGUAUAUAUGUGUAAGGUCUAUGACCUCAUAAAGUACCACUAUUGCCAUUACCUUUAAUUAUGAAAAACUGUGUAUAGUAAAAUUUGCUAAUAGCACCAUAUUCUUCAGAAAGCACAUAUAUUUUAGUUUUUGUCGCAAAUGAUUAUCAAUCAAUACAAUUUAUUUGGAGAUUAAUUAAACUCAAUUACCGUUAAUUAAAUUUCGAUCUUCACAGUUUUUCCAAUCAAGCUCCAAACGUUGUUUUUUUUCAUGUUACCCCAUCUUUAUUUUCAUCUUUUAAAAUAUUUUAACCACAAACCCCUGCCUAACUAACUUUGCGUGGAUCAAAUCUACUGGAACGACGCAAACGACGUUACGCUUAUAAAGAUUUUUUUUUCGACCAAAUAGGUGUACCCACGAUUAGAAUUUCGAUGCUAUGUUACUAGUGUUACGUAAAAUUUACAUGUGUUCAUCGUUUCAUAACUUUGAUAACUAUAAAGUUACCAAAUUAUACACAAUUGUCUUCAUUCAAUAAAAAAAUGGAGAGUUUCAA